AUGGACCUCUACCUCCGGGAAGAGAAUACCCCAACAGUGGACGACUUCGAGUGCAUUCUCAAAUUGCGCUACAACAAAGGAUCCGAGGACAGCCCAACGGACUUCCUGUUGAAGAGGAUUGGUGCGCUGCCUAAGCCAGAGUGGAACCUUCUUUGCGUUGUGAAGCUCAUCAUCAUUGUUGCGUUUCGAACCGGUCAGCUGGAUACGACUCUAGAAGGAUUGCUCGGGGCUAUGAAACGUCGCCCUGAUAAAUGGGUGGUAUUUCGGUACCCCCAAUGGCCAUUGGUAUGCUCCGUGGACCAUUAUCGCCCAGAUUUCGACCAGGUCGCUAAGCCUCAGAUGAUCAAUCAUUUCCUUAAGGCAAUGGGAAAUGCGGCAGGAGUGACGGAAUCUCUCACUUAUCAUGAUUUACGUCGAGGUGCGGCUCGAGACAUCGCCCAUCUUCCGAUGGAUAGGCUUGUUGUCACAAGUGAAAAUGUGGUCGCCGGAGCCAUUGGACACUCACGUCGUGCAAUGGAGCAGGGAGUGACACAGAAGCACGCAGGAGCACGCAGGAGGGAUCUUCGAGGACUAUUAUGA